AUGUAUCAUUAUAAUACAGACCCCCAUGAAGAAAAACAAAAAGCAUUGCUCCAGCGCAUCACUGGCUCGGUGGCUCGACUGCAUGAGAUCCUCAAGGAGAUUAACACGCAAUUGGAGAAAAGUGACUCGUUUCGGGAUGAGCUGAACGUUACAUGUCAAGUGUGGAAGGGCUACGAGAGCCGCGUCCAGUCGCACUGUGAUGCUGCAAUUGCUGCAACCCAAGAGCAGACACACAAUUAA